AGAAUGCUGGUCAUACUAGUUGCUCUUUUGUGGUUCACCACGGUCGAAGCUUCUCACUGCUCUAUAAUGGCAAGAUUAUCACUCAUGAGAAAUAUCAGUGAGCUUUCACAAAACAACUAUGGGAGGCCCGAUUUAUCUCAUACUACAAUUGUAGGUUCAGUCUUACACGGCAUAAAAGAGAUAGAGGUGUGGCUUCAAAAUUUUGCUCCUGGAUCUAGCACACCAAUCCACAGGCACUCAUGUGAAGAAGUUUUUGUCAUCGUGAAGGGUCAAGGUACUCUCUAUCUCACUCCUAGUUCACAUUCAAAGUACCCAGGGAACCCACAGGAGUUUCAUAUUUUCCCUAAUAGCACUUUUUAUGUCCCCGUUAAUGAUGCGCACCAGGUAUACAUAUGGAACACUAAUGAACAUGAAGAUCUACAAGUUUUAGUUGUUAUAUCUCGUCCCUCAGUGAAACCAAGUAAUGCGGCUAGUAGAUCCAUUUUGCCCAUGGAUGUAAGGAGAUCACGUGAUGAUAAUGAUCCUAAUGACAUUCUUCGAUUUCGUUGCAUUUGUCUUGAAUAUUCAAUUAUGAUGAUGUAA